CAAUCGAUCAUUUUUAGGUUAUGUUUACAUGCCAAGCUGUCAGACAACAAACAUCUUCAUUUGAACAUAUUUGGAGUUUAUAUUGCUUGGCAUAUCAUACGUACUUGUUAUGAGUCGAUACGGUGCGAAAAAUUUACAGCAAGACACAAAAGAACAUAAAAUUCUAGAAAACCUAGCAAAAUGGCAAGAUUCAGAAGACCCACUGGCCCCUUUGUCUAAAGAUCAAAUGGAGGCAGUUUAUGAACUUGGGGACUUGGUAUCGACCUUGUAUUAUAAACCAGAUGAAGAAGAAGCUCAACAGAAAGCUGAAACAGAGCCUGAGCCUACAGCUCCUGAAAAAAUCUAUACCAUGCAAGACUAUAUUCAGUGGAUGAUCUCAGUUGAGAAAGAUAUUAAGUAUGAAAACUUGAAGCAACAUGAAAAGUACCAUCAAAUACUCGCUCAGCAUAAGGAAAAUACUGAGUUAUUAUUUUCACAUUCUGAUGCUGCGUUAAAUUCAUUGAAUGAACUGAAAAUGAACUAUACAAAUGUCACUGAAAAAACAAACUAUCUGCAUGACUUGAGUGAGCAACUAAUGUGUCAUCAGAAAAUCCUUAAAGAAAAAAGGAAUAGUUUGCAUGAGAAAUUACAGUAUUUUACAAAUUUCAACAAAUGCCAAGAGAAGAUAGACAGGUUAAACAAUAAAGUUAAUAAUGAAGAGAGUUUACAAAUUUUGGACAAAAUUGAUGAAAGUAUAAGGUAUUUGAAUGAUCACUUACAUUACAAAGAAUCAAGGAUCUACAAGAUGAAGUAUGAAAGUUUACUCAGUAACCUUUUGAACAAGAUAUAUGAUUAUGUUAACACCUUACUGAUAGAGACAACAAAACAAGUUGUUGAUCCAGAUCAAAUUUUGCCUCAAGCUUCAAGUAACGCUGAUGUCUCUGUAGAUUCUGCAUUUGCUUUAUAUUAUGGAAAAUUCCAAAGUAUAUCUAUCAAAAUAAAAUUUCUUCUAAGCCAUAUAGAAGAAAGAGAAGAUAAUAACAGUCAAUAUAAGUCAUUUAUAAGUGAUUGUCAGAAAAGUUACUUCACACAACGUUCUCCAAUGCUGAAUGCAGCAAUGUCCAAAGCACUGAACGAGCUGAAAGAAAAACACAAAACCGAUCACAGUACAUUGUUCAGAUCAUGUUGCUUAUUCACAAUGAAAGUAUGUCAAGAUGAGGCAGCAUGCUUUGGUUACUUUUUCAGCAAGGUAUCUGAUCAGUUGAGCAAUUAUUUAGGAUCCCUUUGUCAACAUCUAUAUGAUUCACUGAGGCCUGAUCUUAUAACCAUCAAUCACAUUGAAGUGUUGAGUGAGCUCUGUGGGAUCUUAAAAGGUGAGAUGUUGAAUGACAGAAUCGUUGAAAGUGAGCAAUUGGAAAAGUAUGUUCAAGUUAUAAGGCAACUUUUACAGGAUGUGGAAGAGAGACUAGUGUUCAGAGCAAAUGUGUUUUUCCAACAUGAUCUGCUGGGAUACAAGCCCUCACCUGGGGAUUUGGCAUAUCCUGAAAAGUUAGAGCAGAUGGAGAAUAUAGCUCUUGAGUUGAAAGAUAGAAGAUCAGAUUCCAGGAGUUCUGUAGCUUCUUUGGAGUCACAAGAGGUCGCCCAAAUCAAUGCAGCACAGAUGGCACAUUUUUACUCUUAUACUGGUAACUCUCCAGCUGACCUACAUGGCAUGUGGUACCCAACAGUUAAAAGAACAUUGGUCUGUUUGUCACGACUGUACUUCUGCCUGGAUCGUAAUACUUUCCAAGGCUUAGCGCAAGAGGCUCUAGUAAUCUGCAUCAGGACCAUAAAAAGCGCAGCUGAACUGAUUCGAGCUAGAAGGACGCCUGUCGAUGCCCAUCUGUUUCAAAUCAAACAUUUGCUCAUUGUCAGGGAGCAAAUUGCACCGUUCCAAGUCGAUUUUACAGUAAAGGAACUCGCUCUGGACUUCAGCACCGUACAAAAAGCCGCUAUGGAGCUCAUACACCACCGCAACAACAUAUUCACCUUCGGUUCCAACAACGCCCUGCUAGAAUUCCUACUCGAAGGCACCCCCAAGGUCAAAGAAUAUCUGGUGGACUCAAGAAAAGAGAUCGACAAGCAAUUGAAACAAUCGUGUGAAGCGUUCAUCGCACACGCUACCAGUUUGCUGAUCGGAAACGUUCAGACGUGGAUAGAAAAAUCGGAGCAUAUUCUUAAGAUAAUCCAAGCGGAAAAUGCGCCGAAUCAGGAGCUUACGGUGGCCGGACAAGAUUUCGGGAAAGCCAAUGUCGUUGCUGGGAUCGUCAGCGAAGCUCAGAAGAACAUCAAGUCAAAGAUUCCGGAGAUACAGCGAUCUAUGCAGCUGUAUUUGGCUAACAGGGAAACCGAAUUUAUACUGUUCAGGCCUGUGAAGAACAACCUGAUCAACGCCUUUGUGCAACUGGAUCAAAUCUUGUUAAAGGGGGGUUACACAGAUGAAGACCAACUACUGAUAGCAUGCCCAUCUCCAGAGCAAAUCAAUAUUUUGAUAUGUACAGUAUCUUUAGGUAGUGCACAAGAUAGUGUCGUGAAAAGUUGAUCACAUAAUCUUACAUCAUAAGUGAUAAAGGCUGAAGGAUUUAAUUGUUGUAUAUAGCAUGUAAAAAUUGUAUUUAUUCAUUUAGUGGAUUCAUAAGUAUAUAUUUAUGGAAUUAUCAAUUAUGAGAAACCUAAUAAAAACUAGUACCCCAUGCCCAUA